GUAUAAAUUUAGUCAGCAAACAUUCCGGAAAUAAAGGCUAUAAACAGUGUUAUUGUAAGGUUUACAAUAUUUGCACAAAAAAUUUCAUCCCGUCUUGUGGGAAGCUUUGGUCGGCAAAUGAUGCCUUUGUCGACAAGGUGUUCUUUUAAUUAAGGUUUACUAUGUUUACACAGAAAGAAAUUCUCUGUCGACAGAAGUGCCAACUUUCGGGAUAUUGAUUCGAGACAACAUAGUGCCACUUGUUCUGUAUGAUGACAGAAACUGGAUCUCAUCCUGUCUUGGGGGAGCUUUGGUAGGCAAAUGAUGCCUUUGUCCAACCUAAUGCAGUGUUAGCCAAAAAUUGUGUAUGUUUUAUGCCUGCGCCUGCUUAUUACUUUUGGAGCCAAUUCCAAUCAAAUUUGACCAUUUCAUUUCUUUUUUUAUCGGUUUUGCCUGAAAGGGGAAUAUCCACAAGAUUACAGGAGGGCAAUUCAACAAUGUUCAUGCGUAAGGAAUCCAUGGCUUAAGAGAAACCUAUCUCCUGGUUCAUCAUAAAUUGACAAUCAAGCCCCAUCCAGCUAAGGCCUCAAAAAGCUAUAUCGAGCACUAUGGAAGACGCGAUAUCAUCAACUUUUGUUUCAGACUGGGCAUGGCUCCCGAGCGACCUUCUAUAUUUGAUUGUACAAAAGUUGAUACCAACCUCUGACUAUAUCCGGUUUGGUGCAGUUUGUAAGCAUUGGCAAUCAGUCGCUUUGCUUCAGAAGCAGCGGCGCCUCAAAUCACGUCAACAACAGCUUCCAAUGCUGAUUAUUCCCAGCAAAGACAACAUCAACGAUAGGCGUGGCUUGUAUAGUGUCACGCAUGGUAAGAAUUGUGGCUUUGAGUUGUAUGUACCGUACAACAACAGGUGCUGCGGUUCUUCCCACGGUUGGUUGGCUUGUGUGAAUGACAAUUUCGGGGUAAAUCUCUUCAACCCUUUUACCAAACAUACCAUUCUCCUUCCACCACUAACCGAAGUCCCCCAGGACAUACGCAAACAUGCUUAUAGAAGAGAUCACUACAUUAAGAAGGUUGUAUUGUCUGCAGACCCUUCUUUGUGUCCAAAUGAUUACGGGGUUGUGGCACUUUUCGAUUGUAAUGGAACCAGAAUGGCUCAUAUCAAGUCAGGGGACAAUGCUUGGACUCACAUAGAUCAAACAAUCAGAUAUUUUUAUGGUCUGCAUCAAAUAAUAGGAUUCGAUGAUGUACUACACUAUAGAGACCAGUUUCUUGCUGUUAGUCGGGAGGGUGGAGUUUUUUCGAUUAACGUUAGCAAUGGCUCAACUCAUAAGCCUCAUGUAAGCAUAGUUUUACCAAUAGUUCCAAGUAUUGAUGACAAAGCAUACCUUGUGGAAUCGUCCCAGGGAGAUCUUUUGCUGGUUAGGAAGUUCCAAAGUUUGAAUUACAGUGAGUGUUUCAUUGAAAACUUUAGCUUCCAGGUUUUCAAUCUGUUCAGUGCUUCCGGGGGUAGAACUGGACCCGAAUGGAUCCGGGAGAUUGAGAGUAUUGGAGAUGAUGCUUUUUUCAUAGGUGACAACCAGUCCAUGUGUGUCUCUGCUUCAAACUUUCCAGGAUGUCAGCCGAAUUCCAUAUACUUCUGCAUUGAUGAUUGGGUGGGAGUAGAAGCUCAAGGACAUCUUGACAUGGCAGUUUUCAAUUUGGAAAACAGAAGAUUUGGAACACGUUACUACUGCUUAAGCCGUUCGCAGAAGAACAUGCCACCAUCUAUUUGGAUUUUGCCCACCAUGGUGUGAAAACGAUGUUUUGUAUGACAGAAUAACUUCAAGCUCUUCCAUAUGAUAGAAUAAUUUGAAGCUCUAUAUUUCAUUUGUGAUUCUAA